AUGAUUGACUGCGCAUUUAAUUCAUUACUAAAUAGAGAAUAUGACAUCACAUAUUGGAUUUUAAGAGCAAUAAAUACUCUUAUAGAUUUUUCAUAUUGCGAUUAAAAAAUAUUAGGGAUUGUCAAAAAUUCUAAAAUUACUUUAUUAUUAUAGAGGAUUUUUAAAGGAAAUUAAAGUUAAUAAAGUUUAUUAUUGGAAGUGGGCUUGGAAGUAUUUUAUUGUAUAAUUUCAUAGUUUAUUUAUAAAGCAUUAUAAUUUUAAAGCCAGGAGAUUCGAUUUUUCUUUUUAACCUUUUUGAAUGAUAUUAAAGAUUUAAUUGAUACUAAAGUUUAAAAUUCUUUGCUAGUUAUGUGUAGUUUUGUAUUAGUCAUUCUUUGUGAGUAAGUAGAUUAACAAGAAUCAGGGGAUAUUAUUUCAUUAUAAUUUAAAAUUUUAUAAUACUUAAAUGAGUAAAAUUUAAUAGAUGAAGUAAUUGAAACUUUGUAAAAUACUUGGAAUAUGCUUGAUGAAAAUAUUUAUAAUUUAAACAGCCGAUAAUAAUAAUUAUUAGAAAUAUUAGCAGAAUCAAAAAAUGAAGCCAUUUCAGAAAUUGCAAUCAAUAUGAUGUGCAUUUAAAAUUCAAUAUCAUGA